GUUUGAUAAUAAGUACUUACAUCCACCUACAAGUUACAACUUUGGUCUUUGAUUACAGUGUCCGUCCGUCAUUAAUUGAAUAGGUAGUAAUAAUAAUAAAUAAUAAUUAUAUAAUUUAUAGAUUUCUUAUUAUUAGUUUCUUUUCCUAGCAUUAAUUAUUGAUUAAAUUGCGUAUAAUAAAUAAAUUGUAUUAAAAAUAAAUUAUUCGUAAGCAUUUAUUUACAUACGUUAGUAUUACGCAAUUUGUCUCAAUACUCAGUACUUUAUACUUAUGUGGUUAAAUACCCACUUAUUCUAUGAUAGUACCCAAUUUGAUAUAUUUAGUUUUCCUUUUCAAAUAAAUUCAGAUGCAUCAAAUAGCUUGUAAACGUGUAAAUAACGAAGUACAAAUAUUUUAAUAAUGACACAAAUAACCGAUUUGGAAGCUUUGUCAAUAUACAAGUAAGAACUUAUUGUACAUUACUUAACCAUGCUGUUUUGAUACCUAUAUUAAAAUACUUAGUACUACAAUAAAAUAUGUCCAUAUUUAUUUUAGAGGGUGUUCUUUUUGGAGUUGGUUCUCUUGGAGUUCAAUGUCGUGGAAAUAUUUACAAGAAGCUGAACGAAAAUUACUAGCAUGUACAUUAUGCAAUUUAUCUAUAAUUUAUUUUAGUGCUUAAAGUAUGCAAUUUUUUUUAGAUGUUAAAUCAUCAUAUCGAACACGGUACGUUAACCUAGGCCCUGUUGUUGAGCAAGAAGAUAAAAUAUGGACCCUUGAAGUAAACACUGAUAAACGUGAAACACCAAUUGUUUUAUUACAUGGUUUUGCUGCUGGUAUUGGACUUUGGUGUAUGAAUAUUGACCAAAUAUCUAAUAACUGUAGACCAGUAUAUGCUAUGGAUUUAUUGGGAUUCGGUCGUAGUUCUAGACCACAAUUUAGUAAAGAUCCAGAACAAGUUGAAGUGCAAUAUGUGAAUGCUAUUGAAAAAUGGAGAUCAGAAAUUAAACUUGAUAAAUUUAUUCUUUUAGGUCAUAGUUUUGGGGGCUAUUUAGCUACUGCUUAUUCUAUUCAACAUCCUGAAAGGUAUAGUCACUAAUUCUAUUCUUACAUAGGUAAUUCAUUUUAUAAUUCACAAUUGUAUUAUUUAUUUAGAGUUCACCAUCUAAUACUUGCUGAUCCUUGGGGAUUUCCUGAAGAAAAUAAAGAUAUUAAAAACAAAAUUCCUUGGUGGGCCAAAGGAAUAUUCUAUGCUCUUAAAUCUUUAAAUCCAUUGUGGCCCGUACGAUUUGCUGGACCUUAUGGUAAAUUGUGAUUUAAGAAAACUAGUUUUUUUAAAAUUACCUACUUACCCUUAAAAAUAAAAAUAUAGUAGUAAUCAAGCAAAGUGUUAAAAAACACUGUUGUGAUUUUAUAUGUUAUGCAUAUUAUUUAAAAUUGAAUUAGCUAGUUACGUGCAUAACUGACAACGGUUUAUCAAUGUGGUUCAAAAUAAAAACUGUUUGGUCUAAAUUAUCUACACAAACAAAUAGUACAUUCCACAUGAAAGAUUCAAAAGUGUUAUUUUGUUUCCUGAAUAAUUGUGAUUGAUCAUUUUGUAAAUUUUGAAUGUUAUUAUUUAUAUGACAUCAUAAUAUAUAUUUUGUAUUUUGACACCAGUUAUAACUUCAAAUGUUGUAUGUAACAUAUUGAACCACUACAAAAAAAAAAAAAUAAUAAUAAUAAUAGGUUUUGAAAUUUAAGAAUGGUUUGUAUAAUCAUUUGUUAAUAUUAAAGGUCAAUGGUUGGUUACAAAUUUACGAUCUGAUGUAUUAAAAAAGUAUGAACCAGUUCUUGGAGAACAAUCCAUUGUGGUUGGAGAGUAUAUAUUCCAAUGCAAUUCUCAACGUGCUACGUAAGAUUUUAAUUUGUAUAUACCAUUUCUAUAUUCAUGUUUCAUAAUUUCUUAUUUAAAUAAAUAAUAAAGAUAAAAUUAAGUAAUUUAAAUUAGUAUUGUAAGGUCAUAAAAGACUUUUUUAAAAUACUAAUUUAUAAAAGAAAGAAAUUAUAAAAAUAUUUAUUUCCAUAUUAUUUAUAAUUUAUUUAGUUAAAUUUAUUUUAGAGGUGAAAGUGCUUUUAUUUCACUAGUUACUGGAUUUGGUUGGGCCAAAAAUCCAAUGAUUAAACGUUUAGAGUAUUUAGAUAAAAGAGUGCCUAUUACAUUCAUUUAUGGAAAAAAUACUUGGAUGGAUAAAAGUGUUGGUGAAAUUGUUAAAAAAGAAAGGGCAAAUUCUUUUGUACAUAUUGAAGUAAAUAUUGAAGUAUUAUAAAUGUAAUUUUCAUAAAUCAAAACUGAAUAUUAAUUUUUGUGCAUAGACAAUUCCUAAUGCUGGACAUCAUGUUUUUGCUGAUCAAUUUGAAGAAUUUAAUAAAAUAGUUGAUAAAAUAUGCCAAGAAAAAGUGAUAGAAAUUGACGAGUAGUGAUUAAGCCUGCUUUAAAUAAUUAAUGAUAUUGAAAAACUUGUACAUUUGUAUGAUAUAUACAUAUAUUGCACUAUUUAAAAACUAUAAAAUAAAAGAUCUUAUAUAUUUUUCUUUAUAUUAUUUUAUUUAAUCAUCACAGAUCAUCAUCUGAUUCCAUUUGUUUUACCCCACUCAUCAACAAAAAUUUAUCAAUUUUAUCAGUAGAAUCUUCAUCCAUAUAGGUAGUGUAUGGUUCUAAUGUUCCACUUUUUCUUUUUGUCAUGCGCUCUGUUAUUGUGUCCAAUCGUCCUUUAAGUUUUAAGAGUUUCCAAUGAUACGACGAUAUAUUUUGUAUGGGUUCCAACAAAUUUAUUGCUUCAUGUAAUGAAGAAUCUUUUAUUGUUUCCAUCUAUAUUUUAUAAAGACAAAUAAAUUAAAAACAAACAAACAUAAGUACUUUGCACGAUGGGUGGGUCAUUGUUUUAGGUGAGAAGUUUGGAUAUACAUGUUUUGAAAGGCCAAAGUAUUUAUGAUUUUUACUAUGGAAACUUGAGAAAAUGACUCCUAAAGUAUCACCCUAGUCAAAUUUCCUUUCAGAUAAGGUGCUACACUUGAAAAUCUGAGCAACAUUUAUGGUAGAAAAGUUGUUCACAGAAAAAAAAAAUAUAUGUAUAAACAAACAUCAUUGUAAAACC